UCUAGGUUGCUAUAUUGGUGUAACUUAUGAAGCUUUUGCACCAGAUUCGACAAUAUUGAUCGAUGUUUGCUCUAAGCAGAAUCUGUUUGCAUCCAUAUGCAACGUCUUUAGCCACGAAGAUUGUGGAAAACUUCGACUUCUUGAUCUCGUAGUCACUCGAAAUUACAUUUUCUUAGCCACAUCGUUUGGCCUUGUGAAAAGUAUUGGUUUUAAAGGACUGCUGUCGGAACCUCACAUAGAUAAAAUGGUUUAUACCAAAGUGUCGUCACCGCAAGCUCUUGCGUCCUCAUUUCCAAUACUUAUGUAAGAAUGAAAUACACGUCAUAUUGUAUGGAUCAUCAUAUAUAUCGUGAAAAAGACGAGUUGAUUUACUUAUUUAUAAGUGAUCCAGUGCACAGCCGCGUUUAUCGCAUUAAAUCACCUUACACUUCACUGGAAGAUAUAAAUAUUCCUUUGAAAUCUUUUAAUGGUAAAACAGAAGUGAUGGAAAUCGUUAACGAUGUUAGUAAAGGCAACGAGGUGUUUCUUGUGAAUGUCCUCGUGGAUAAGAUUAAACGGUAUUUGGUGAUGGUGUUGUCACUUGAUUCUAAUCAGUGGGUGUUUCCACUUUGGUAUUUUCCAGUUAAUUCUACUGCAUUUUCACUCCAGUUUCAUACUUGGUCGAAUUCCUUGUUUGUUAUUGGUUCAGAGGUGUGGAAAUCCACUGAUGGUGGAAAUUCGUUUCAACAACUUACCGAGUUACAUUUUCCUCACGUUAUAAAGUCGUUAUCUUUUCCACAAUAUGGUGACCACGUGGCUGCCCUCACUAACCAAGGCACCAUUUUAUACGGUAGAACGACGAUUUCAAGGCUCCUCAGUGUACAUCACAAGAGGUUUUCGAGUAUUCCAAACUUUAUCUUGACUGAUGAGUUUGAAAGUAAAGUUUUCACCAGUCAUUUUUCCUUGUUUGGAAAUCAUUCUUUAGAGAAGGUCAACUUCAAAUCUUAUCAGAAUAAUUUCUGCACAAAGCAUGUUUUGUUGCAGUUUAUACGAUACGAUGAAGUUUAUUUGUAUGUAGCUGCACCAUUCGAGGUGACCACUCGGGAGAAUCAUUCCAGUACUUGUUUUGGUCCAUCGAUCUUACAUCAAGUAUUUAAAAGUCGACUGGGGAACGCCACCUCUGGUUACCAUACUUGGGCUAAGGCGAAAAUUGCAAAGGAAUUUGUCGGUAUGAAGGCACAUUCAGCUGAUGUUCUAAACAUGGAACUUCAUCUAAGACUCAUCUCUUCCUUUGUAUAUGAUGUCAUGUAUGAAGUGACUAUAAAUUCAAGUAGUACUGCAUGGUCUGUUGUUUAUGUUGGAAGAACAAUCGUUCUUCAAAAUGGCAUGAGUAUCUUCUUAAUAAAAUAUGUAAAUUCCAGUACAAUGUACGGGCUUCCACCACCUGGAUUAAAAUUUAGUAGAUUACCUAGAACGAACCAUAAACCUGGCAAGUGGCAGUUGUACGACAUGAGUUCAUCCACCAUUAUCCUGGAAAGAACUGACAACAUAAACAUUACCUUUUCUAAUGGUUUCUUUAAGGCUCGCUCUGCCUUCACGUUCUCAAGUUCACAUGUCAAGAAAGUGUUGUUCAUACACAAUGACAACCAUGGAAUCAUUGAAGCCGUUAAUGUCACUGGUAUUGCAGUGUUUUAUACAAAUAGCUCUUCUCUUACCGACGGUGUUUAUUCGCAAUGGAAAUUGUUAGAACCACGUAAUUACACGAGCGAUGUAAGGUACGGCUAUGGAAUGUGGUGGAUUGAAGAAAAAAAUUGUUCGAGCUUUCCUAUUGUUACACCCAAACCAUACAAAAGAUUGUACCAUCUUGAUACUCAAGAUUAUAUAAUAAUGGAGUUUGCCGUUCUAGUAAGGUACGUUGGAGGCACUGAGCCAUUUAUGUCUAUGGAGGUCAGUAAUCCUACCUUAUUUUUGAUAAAAAGUACCUACAAGAAAUUUCAAGCAAAUCAUACCCUGCGUGUACACUUGGUGAGAAAACGUGGAACAACAGGAGUAUCCCAGCUAUCCAUCACCAUCCCAUAUUCAUCCUUAAAAUGCCCCAGUGUUUCAAAUACAUUUACAAUACACGGUGGUUGUCCACCAAGCAAACGCCUUGUAUUUGAAUACCCAAUCACUUUUGAUCCCCAUGUGUUUAUCCAUGGUACACCAAAGGAUAGCAAGGGUAUUCUCAGACAUUACAGACUUCCAGAAAAUUAUAGACCUCCUUCCUCCAGAGGGAUAGGAAUCCCAAUGUCAUCUAACUUGUACAAUGUACAUCCAGAAAAGCCACCGUACAUGGAAAGGUUUGCAAUAUCUCGACAAACACGUGCUUACAAACAAUGUGCUGGUAUGUCCUCGCGUCGUGAUUGCAAAUGCGGUAAAGCCAAUAUAACAAUGUCAAGAUUGGUUGAAUACUCUGAUUGUAUCAACAUUGUCUAUAGGUUAUUGUAUGGUGAAUCUUUUCGACCUAACUUCACCAUUAUACAAGAGGAUACCAUGGUUAAACUCUUUCUUGAUCCGUACUAUGUUGUGGAGCUGAAUCAAAGAUCAGACUAUACUGUAUUAAAAAGUCUCACUUUAUCUAUUUCUGAUGACAAAUCCUCCGUUACUGGUCUUAAGUACGAGCAAAGUUCUAUAGAAUUUAGUGGAGGUGGUCUGUAUCAUUUUCGUGCUUAUGCUAUCAAAAAUGAUUACACUCAUUGUGAUCUGAUGGAUGAAUUCAUCGUGUUUAUUGAUGAAGUUCCUUUACCUAAUCCUUCCAGAGAUGUUGUAAGGCUUACCACUGGAAUGCUUUUCACAACAUGCUUAUUUUUCACUUAUCUUUGGUACCUCUAUUGCUCAAACGAACGCAAUCAAAACAGGGUCUUUCCAGACUAAGGCAGUAACCAUAAAUGAUGUGUGAAUGUAGUGAAUGGAAGCACAUUUUAAUUUUAUUUUUGGUUUAAGCGUAAAGUGCGAUCGAGAGAACAUUGCAGUGGUAUCGCUCAACAAAAGCUAUUCUUUUGUCAGAUAAGUUCUCAAUUGCAGCAAAUCAGGAAUAUAACAAAUAUUAAAUUUUCGUCAAGUUGUUUCUUCGAGUGGAACUAUUUUACAAAUGGCUAGCUCCUUAGUGUCUUUAUCAAGACGAACACACAGUUUCUAUUGCAUCGGCGUUAGUGUUUGAUAUGAUGAAUAUAUUCAACACAAUGUUUCUGGUUGCUUUAAACUGAUUGGGAAUUAGUUGUAGAGUUACUUUUCGUCUGAGCAUGACCACCUUUGAGAAAUUGUUCGUUCGUGCUGUCGGUACGAAUCAUGUAGUUACAAAUAUAUCACCUUGGAUGUGGUAAAAGUCUUUAGGCGAUACCCUAAAUGACCACUUAUUUCGUUUGCCGCUUCCGUUAUCUUUUCCUGGUUUUAAAGUAAACGAAAUAAUUUUGUUAUCUUACGCAUGGCAUUUGAGAGUCUUAUCUCGAAGGAAACUAGGUUGGAAUUGCACUUAAAAAUCGGAAGUAUUUGUACACGCUACAUGUAACUUUUACUAAAGUCAUAUGGAACAUCAAUGUAGCAACGAGACUUACCACUUUUCUUUUGGACGUCGGUAGUCUCGAGUCACAUCAACGAAACAAAUUGAAAAUAGAGAAUCGAAGUAGCAAACCGUUGGACAGUUGUUUACUCAUUCACGUCACGCCAUUAAAUGUUCAAAGUUUCAAGCUGUCGGCAUUUUGUGAACCCACGAAAAGGAAAACAAAAAAAAAGACUCAAUUGUUUGUUGUAUGUAGCGUUGACAGGCGUUAUGUGUGCAAAAUGACCCCAUACGAAGAGACGCAUAGGUCAAGUGACAUGUUACGUAGGUGUACCCAACCUGUCUUGUAUAAUUCAAGAUAAUUAUAUAUGUUUUUUGUUGUUUUGAAACUUGUUCUUCUUUGAGUUUAGUUUAUUUUCUCGUUGACAUAUAUUACUCGUUACCUGGGUAUAUUAAUCAAGUGUGUCGGUGAAUAUUGCUACGUCCUAUAACAACAUUUGUUUUUAUCUCUCGUUCUAAUGUGUAAUUACACUUUUGCAUCAGGAAACUUGAUGCAAUUAAACAAUAUUGUUUUGAGCGGUCUCUGCAGAACUCCUGCCUUAAAGAAAAAAGUAAUCCAAGCUUAUACGACGUUAUAAAAUCUACAAAUGAUUACUAAGAAUUGUUGCAUAGAAAUUGCACAAAAUUUCAUAGAUUAGAGUUCUUUUUGGUCGUAACGUCUGUACAUAUAUGUGGUGUGGACAUAUAAUUUAAAUGAGAAUGUUACUUUUUCAUUGACUCUGUGUUUUCUGACAUAUUUACCCACGAAACUUGUUGUUCUUUUAAUGGAAAUGUCUUCAGUAAAUCUAUAGCAGAUGCUAGAAGUUGCAAUUCGUCGAAAAGAAGUGUUUCUUUACCAAAAACGUUUGUUGAAAUCCAUUCAAGGUUUCAUAUGACACAAGAAGAUGCCUAGAUCAUUUCGUGUGAAGUUUUAUGUCAUUUUCCAUGAAUUUCAAAAUGCUUUUCAAUUAAUGCGACUUUAAUGAAAUUAAAUAAUUUAGCUGGAUCAACAUGGCAUGUUGUUAUAGCUUUUUAAUAUAAAAUUAACAUAUUAAUUAAUUUUCUUGUAAUUUAUAAUCUUUAUAUCCUACAUUUCAUUAUGUUUUAAAAGAUAUCUGAUCGAUUUCCUAUAAUUAAAGUUUGCUUCAUUGCAUACUUAAUUUGACCGGAAUAUUCCUGUCAUAAAUCUUCACGAACUUCGCUGUUCGCUGGCGUUUUCAAGAUUUAUUGUUAUAUUAUUAAAACACAAGACGAUAUA